CAAAACAUCUGUAGAGCCAAGGUUGCCUAUGCCUGGUGUAUGCAAAAUGUGUGCUUUACUGCUAAGUUAUAACCCAUUUCCCCCAAACACAAUAAUUCAGGACUGAGCUUUGUCUCUGAGGUCGUGCCCAUUGCACCAGCAGUCAUUUGUAUAGCACCUUAGAGGCCACUAGCAUUCUAGCAUGUCCAUCCUGUUGCAUAGGUACUUUUGAUGGUAUUGUCAGCAUAUGGAACUGCUGUUUGAUCUUUCUAUGUUGCCCAGAACUUCCAUAAAGAUUUUUAGUGUCACUAGUUCCUUAGGUGCAAAGGUUCAUGGGAAAUAGAUUGCCUCUUCAUCAGACCUUUCCAGUGAGAAAGCAGUGUAAGCCAAAGUCUCUGUAGUUGGAGAUGCUGAAGCAGCAAGACUUUCUAGUAAACUGAAAAAGAAGACUCUAGAGCAGGCAUCCCCAAACUUUGGCCCUCCAUAUGUUUUGGACUACAAUUCCCACCAUCCCUGACCACUGGUCCUCUUAGCUAGGGAUCAUGGGAGUUGUAGGCCAAAACAUCUGGAGGGCCAAAGUUUGGGGAUGCCUGCUCUAGAGCUAGCCCAGACCAUUCAGUAUUUCUCAAUAGUGGCCCAAUUACACAAAAUCUAAUAUGUACGAAGCAAAAGUGUGUUAACCAUUGGCAAGCAUUCCACCCUUCUCUGCCCCAGAGCCUUCUGCUUUGAUUUCUUCCACUGAAGCCGUACAUUAGGUAAACUUCCUUCUAUGCUAUGCCUUUCCAUUUUGGAACAGAUGUUUUAACAGUGGUGGUUAAUAGAGAGGUUACAAGAUCCACAAGUCAGAACCAAAGUAAUUCAAUUCUGGAUAUGGGCAGAGAACAAAUUAAUGUUCUUCCUGGUUAUCCACAUCACGUCACCAGGCUGAUAACUGUGUAAUGAGCCAGAUCUAGCAGAAAGACUAAAAAACAACAAAAUAAAUCAACACACACACACAACUCUUGAAAUAAAUAAAAAAUUAAAAAAUUGUGCAGUAGCACCUUAAGAGACCAACUAAGUUUGUUCUGGAUAUAAGUUUUUGUGUGCAUGCACACUUCUUCAGAUACCUGCUACUGGACAAUUUUUUAUUUAUUUUGACUGCGUGAGACCAACACAGCCACCUACCUGAAUCUAGAAACAACUCUUGAGUGAUUGAGGAUUUCAGCCAUUUGAUGGAGGAACUUUGAUCAGAUACAAAGUAAUCUGCUCUAUACCAAGUGAGAAUAUUUGUCGACCUAGCCCAAUAUCAUCUAAUCUCAAUCGAUUAGUUGUUCUUCGUUGUCUCCACCAGGAGUCUUUCACAUCACCUGCUACCUGAUUUUUAAAAAUAUCAGGUAUUGAACCUAGAACUUUUGGCUCUGCCAUUGAACUGAAUGAGUUGGUCUUACAAGUAAUGAAUAUAUGUACUACACCAGUAUAUACUGAUGCCCAGAAGUGGCCAAAUUAACUUUAAUCUGUUUUCACUACCUGGAUGACUUCUCAAUAAUUUUGUAUAUCAAUUUACAAUACUGUACAUAUAUUUUAGAUCCAAAUUUUAUAACAAAUCACUAGACAAACCUCCUACUGGUUUCGUCUUUAAAGUCUUCUUACCUCAACUUUGUUCCUUAGAAAAACUUCUCUGUAUAGGACUGUGUGCCCUGAAAUUCAACUAAAUACAUGUGUGUAAUCUAAAAUCUCAUGCAAUAGGGUUGGGAUAAUUUCAAACAAAACAGUUAAGCUUUAAAAUCCUAAAGUGGCUUUUGAAAGUAGAAUAGUUAGGUUGAGCACUCAUCUUACCAAAUCAAUUUCCAAUUAACUUUGGGUAAACACAGCCAUCUUUCUAUUGUGUUCUUGUAGGCUAGUAACAAUUGUAACCUCAGAAAAUGUAAAAGGAAGAAUGUAUUUUUAGGUAGCUUUUAAGAAUUGUCUUUUCUUUCUGGUAGCAACUGAUUAAUAAGACUGGCCAAAUUUUAUAGACCUGUACAAAAAUGUUAAUAUGAGUCUUUUUGCUGUUGCUCCUUUGUCCAAAAAACAUUUCACUCUUAUGUUAUUUUUCCAUCCCACCCCAAUAACUCUUUUAAUUAUCAGUUCUUCUUGCCCAACUGUACCGUAGCUCCAUUUUUUUCUCUUCUAGCCAGAAUAGUCUUGCUUCUCUUCCCCAGAGUCCAGCUACUUUGCAUCCUCCAUAUAUCUCUUCAAUUCCUUCUUUGGUUUUGCCUUGUUCACCAAUAUUUGAAUGGGAGAGUAAGGAGGGAAAAAAGAGGCCGCUAUGUUAGACUUGCUUUCUGAAAUUGCCCUGGAAUUGCACUGAAUGAUUUGUGAGUCUCAGUAUGUCUCUUGAGCCACACUUAAACCAUCCCUGCAGUAUGCAGAUAUUUGUUAAUUGAUCAUAUUUAAAUCUGUUGUCUAUUUGAUAUUUAAAUUUAUUCACAUCUAACAACAAAUAGCAAUACAAUAAUAUUUCUGUGAGUCCCCAGUGUGAAACUUUGGAUUGGAGCCAGACUAGUUGCACUUGGUUCCCAUUGAAAUCUAUAUGAAAAGUUAGUCAUGACUAAAGUCCUAUUGAUUUAAUGGGAACUUAAAACAAUUAAAAAUCUGACCUCAAUCUAUCUUUAUUUAUUUAAAUUUCAUAAAAUUUGUUCCUGUGGGAUUGUAAAAAAACACAAAAACAAACCAAACCUCAGAACAGUUUGCAAAAAAUAGGUAAAGCAAUAAAAUUACUGAUAAAAAUCAACAAUGAUGAUGUAAAACAUUAAAAAAUUAAAAGACAAUAAACUACAACACCCAAUGAUCUCUACUAGUGACUUCAUGUAGACAUUAGAUCACUAUGACUUCUCUGUGGUCAAAGUCUAUCAUGCUCUGCUGUUGUCCCAGCUGCUACUCCUCUCCUGCUGCAGAUGGGUAUCUGAUCAACUUAUUAUUGGGGAAUUUUAAGAAAAUAUGUGGUUACUUUUUAAUAAGGAAUGUUUGAACACUACCAAAAUGGAACUACCUGCCAUGUGCUUGAAUGCUAAUAACGUUGGCAAUGGUAUUGAACAUUUAAAUUGCCUCGCUUCAGUAUCAUUAUGAGAUAAUGCAAGCUUACCUAAAACAUGGUGUUGAUCCUCUACAAGAGCCAAAUAAAACUCUACUUCAGGCCUGCUCACUUUUUAUUUGACAAACCUUCAUCUGGUAAAUAUGAGCAUGACUCACUAAAGCAUGCUGCUAGAAAAUCAAAUUGAUAACUUAGUUCUUUUAGUUAACUGAUUAAUGUUGACAUUAUAUAUUAUUUAACAUGUUUUAGUGUAAAUACCUUAUUUUUCAUGGUCUGAGUAUUCCUGUUUCUUCUGUGUUUCCCUCAUCUUUCCAUAUUCACUCUGCACUGAGCAUUGUGGCUGUCAUUCAUUUGGCUCUGCAGGGGUUCCCUUUUGAGCCUAUCAGUGCACUUCCUUAAUUAGCUGUAAACCUGCUUAUUCCUUUCUCCUUAGGGGCUAAAAUUGCUUUCAGUGCACAGGCUUUCAUAAUAGCCCUCACUGUAUUUUAUUUUAUAUAGGGAGUUUCCAAGUGGCUGAUAGAAUAUCUGAUUUUCAGCAUGCAGUAUUUAAUAUUAUAAGGCAAAUCUUAUUAAUUGGCAUACUCCCCUAUGAUAGUGAUAGCAUAUAUAAGCUUCGAUUUGAUCCAGAAGAAGAGUGAAUAGCAGUGGAAUGAUAAUUUGUAUUCAUGGAUGGUUGUAUUUUAGAUUUUCUCUGCUGUGCACACUACACUACAAAACCUUUAACUGUGUUCCAUUAGAUGAAUAGUCUUGCAGGCAAGUCACUGCCUUGCUGCACUGUACAUGUAUUGGAGUGAUAGGUCUACAAUCCUAUAGUUUGCUAAGCGGAUAGACUGGUACAGAGUACUUGAUUGGUUUGAUUGCUGUUAACAUUAGUGAACAGAAUGCAGCAAGCAUCCAAAAUCUGCUGCAGGUUUCUGCUUUUGGAGCUUUUGGAACCCACAGUAUAUUUAAGUGGCAAAUUAUUUUGGGAGAAUUUGAAAAUCUGUGUGAUAAAUCAUUGUUUCAAUGCUUGGAGCACAGUAUGUGCAGUAAGUAAUAGAACAAUAAUGAAGAGUAGGCUGUGUGCUGUACUUUUAGCUGUCUACGGAGAAUAAAUUAAACUGGCAAAGGACAGAAUUGCCUUUUAUCUUAUGCAAGAUAUGAUGCAGCUUUUCAAAAUGUGAAGACAAAGAACCUAUUGUUACAUUCUCAUUGCUACAUGUUAUCAUUUGAAGAAUAUGGUUGCUAUUUUUAGAGGGGUCUUUCUGCCUUGUUCUGCUGGGAGGGGGAGACCUAUGUACGCUGUCAUUGGUGUUAGUCAUUUUUACAGGAGAGGAAAGGAGGAGGAGAAGCUGCAGAAAUCCUCCCCUUUCCUCCUCCUCCUCUCAGGCUGUAGUAACUGUGUGAAGAUGCCUUGUCCUCGUUUUUAUUACUUCUGAGAUUUUAUUGCUGGCAGCCAGAUGUGCAGAAACUCCUGACGACAGCAUCUAUUCACUGCGUGUUUUUAAGAGGCUUAGAGAAAUAUGAGUAGAGUACAUGAAAGCAGCUCAGCUUCACACUUCAGUUGGGAAUGCCCAGAAAGCUCACUGCUGUUUGGAAUUCUUGCUACCGUGAAGAGAAAACAGUGCGGGUGCUAAAUCUUCCACGAUUGAAUUAAAAGAAUAAUGACUGUACAAUUAACUAUCAACCCUUGCUCAUUUAGUCACAGUUUUUAUCGAAAUCAGGAGAAAUAUGGAACUUGAUUGGCAUGUCUGCAUUUGAUGGUGACUGCAAAACAGAUGAGUUUUUGCACAGGUGGUAAGGAGGAAUAGAAGGGAAGAGAGAAAAAUGCAAUUUGAGACAUUGCGCCAGGUCUGCAAUUCUGUAUUAUCUCAUUUUCAUGGAGUUUUCUCCUCUCCUCCAAAUAUUUUACAAAAUGAUAUUUUUGCACAAACGUUGGAUAAUGCUAGAAAAAGAAGCCCAUCAAUAUCCAGAGAUCAGAACAGGAGAUUCAAUCAACAGGAGGAGAGAGACGACUAUUCACAGUAUGCAACAUCAGACAGUGCAAUGCCAAGAUCACCAUCAGAUUAUACGGACAGGCGAUCACAACAUGGAUCUCAGUUAUAUGAAGAAGCUGAACUUGAUGACUACAGGGAUUCGAACAGGAGAAGUCGCAGGCGUUCGAGGGAAUAUCCUUUAGAGGAAGAUGAUGUGCAGAAUAGAGAGGAAUAUGAGAGGCAACGACGGGAAGAGGAGUACCAAGCACGAUACCGAAGUGAUCCUAAUUUGGCUCGUUAUCCCGUCAAACCACAACCAUAUGAGGAACAAAUGCGUAUUCAUGCUGAAGUCUCCCGCGCACGUCAUGAACGAAGGCACAGUGAUGUGUCUUUGGCAAAUACUGAAUUGGAAGAUUCCCGGUUAUCUAUGAUGAGAAUGGAACGGCCAUCACGGCAAAGGUCUGCAUCUGAACACAGAGCUGCCAUGGACCAAUGUUCAUAUUCAAUGGAAAGAACUCAGGGACCAAGUCCCAAUCGGCAAAGAAACACAAAUCACAGCCCUCCAACACCUAGGAGGAGUCCCAUUCCUUUUGAUAGGCCAGAUAUGAGGGGAACUGAUUCAUUAAGAAAACAGCAUCAUUUGGAUCCUAGCUCAGCUGUACGGAAAACAAAACGUGAAAAAAUGGAAACCAUGUUAAGAAAUGAUUCACUAAGUUCAGAUCAAUCUGAAUCAGUUAGGCCUCCACCACCAAAGCCUCAUAAAACAAAAAAGGGGGGUAAAAUGCGCCAGGUUUCACUGAGCAGCUCCGAGGAAGAGUUGGCCUCUACUCCAGAGUAUACCAGCUGUGACGAUGUAGAGAUUGAAAGUGAAAGUGUUAGUGAGAAAGGAGACAUGGAUUACAACUGGGACCAUACGUCUUGGCAUAGCAGUGAGGCAUCCCCAAUGUCUUUGCAUCCUGUAACCUGGCAACCAUCCAAAGAUGGAGACCGUUUAAUAGGUCGGAUUUUGUUAAACAAGCGACUAAAAGAUGGAAGUGUGCCUAGAGAUUCUGGAGCAAUGCUUGGAUUGAAGGUUGUAGGAGGAAAAAUGACUGAAUCAGGUCGGCUAUGUGCAUUUAUCACCAAAGUAAAAAAAGGAAGUUUAGCUGAUACAGUGGGACACCUUAGGCCAGGUGAUGAAGUGUUAGAAUGGAAUGGAAGGCUUUUACAAGGAGCCACCUUUGAAGAAGUGUACAACAUCAUUCUAGAAUCCAAACCAGAGCCACAAGUGGAACUUGUAGUUUCAAGGCCAAUUGGGGAUAUUCCCAGAAUACCUGACAGUACACAUGCACAGUUGGAGUCCAGUUCUAGUUCGUUUGAAUCUCAAAAAAUGGACCGGCCUUCUAUUUCAGUCACUUCUCCCAUGAGUCCAGGCAUGUUGAGGGAUGUUCCACAGUUCUUAUCUGGACAACUUUCAAUAAAACUGUGGUAUGACAAGGUUGGUCACCAGUUGAUAGUCACAAUAUUGGGUGCAAAGGAUCUUCCUUCAAGGGAAGAUGGGAGGCCAAGGAAUCCCUAUGUUAAGAUUUACUUUCUUCCUGACAGAAGUGAUAAGAACAAAAGAAGAACAAAAACAGUAAAGAAAACAUUGGAGCCCAAAUGGAACCAAACAUUCAUUUAUUCUCCAGUUCAUCGGAGAGAAUUUCGAGAACGAAUGUUGGAAAUUACUCUUUGGGACCAAGCACGUGUUCGUGAGGAAGAAAGUGAAUUUUUAGGAGAGAUCCUUAUUGAAUUAGAAACAGCACUGCUGGAUGAUGAGCCUCAUUGGUACAAACUUCAGACACAUGAUGUCUCCUCAUUGCCACUUCCCCACCCUUCACCGUAUUUGCCACGCCGACAGCUUCAUGGAGAGAGUCCCACGCGAAGGUUGCAAAGGUCCAAACGAAUAAGUGAUAGUGAAGUCUCAGACUACGAUUGUGAUGAUGGAAUAGGAGUAGUGUCAGAUUACCGACAUAAUGGGCGAGAUCUUCAAAGCUCAACACUAUCAGUGCCAGAACAAGUGAUGUCAUCCAAUCACUGCUCUCGGUCAGGGUCCCCUCACCGUGGAGACAGUAUAGGAAGGACAAGAUCAUGGUCUCCCAGUGUCCCUCCUCUACAAAGUAGGAAUGUGGAACAGGGGUCUCGAGGGACUCGAUCUACUCCUGCACAUUACAAUACCGUGAACCGAAUGGAUAGACAUCGGAUAAUGGAUGACCACAACUCUCCAGACAGAGAGAGGUCACAUGCUCGUACGGGGUCUGUCCAAACAAGCCCAUCAGGUACUCCAGUAGCAGGACGCAGGGGUAGACAAUUGCCACAACUCCCACCCAAGGGAACACUGGAGAGAAAAGAAGUGGACUCAUCAAGGAGAAGAAACCCAGGUGCUAUGGAUGUGGAAGAAAGAAAUCGCCAAAUGAAAAUGAACAAAUACAAACAGGUAGCAGGAUCAGACUCCAGGCUGGAGCAAGAUUAUCAUUCAAAGUAUCGACCAGGGCGGGACCCUCAACGAGGCUCUGACAAUGUUUCUAACAAGUCUUCAGACAGCGAUGUAAGUGACGUGUCGGCUGUAUCGAGGACCAGUAGCGCUUCCCGCUUCAGCAGCACUAGCUAUAUGUCUGUACAGUCAGAAAGACCAAGAGGGAACAAGAAAAUUAGUGUCUUUACAUCCAAAAUGCAAAGCAGACAGAUGGGCGCUUCAGGACAGAACAUAACUAAGAGCACCAGCAUCAGCGGGGAGAUGUACACACUAGAGAAGAACGAUGGCAGCCAGUCUGACACAGCAGUGGGCACUGUGGGUACAGGUGGCAAAAAGCGGCGCUCCAGCAUUGGUGCAAAGAUGGUUGCAAUCGUGGGCCUUUCGCGGAAAAGCAGAAGUACCUCACAGCUCAGCCAAACUGAAGCAGGUGGCAAAAAGUUAAAGAGCACAGUCCAGAGAAGCACAGAAACUGGGUUGGCUGUGGAGAUGAGAAACUGGAUGACACGUCAAGCCAGCCGGGAAUCCACAGACGGCAGCAUGAACAGUUACAGCUCAGAGGGGAAUUUAAUUUUUCCUGGUGUGCGAUUGGCUGCGGACAGCCAGUUCAGUGACUUUCUGGAUGGACUUGGCCCUGCACAGCUUGUUGGUCGCCAAACACUGGCAACUCCAGCAAUGGGUGAUAUCCAGCUUGGAAUGGUGGACAAAAAGGGACAGUUGGAGGUGGAAAUAAUACGAGCCCGAGGCCUUGUUGUAAAACCAGGUUCAAAGACACUGCCAGCACCGUAUGUAAAGGUGUAUCUAUUAGAAAAUGGAGUCUGUAUAGCCAAAAAGAAAACAAAGGUGGCAAGAAAAACGCUGGAACCUCUUUACCAGCAGCUGUUGUCAUUUGAAGAAAGUCCCCAAGGGAAAGUUUUACAGAUUAUCGUGUGGGGAGACUAUGGACGCAUGGAUCACAAAUCCUUUAUGGGAGUGGCACAGAUACUUUUAGACGAACUGGAACUAUCCAAUAUGGUGAUUGGCUGGUUCAAACUUUUCCCCCCUUCAUCCCUAGUAGAUCCAACUUUAGCCCCUCUUACAAGAAGGGCUUCCCAGUCGUCUCUUGAAAGUUCAACAGGACCUUCUUAUGCUCGUUCAUAGCAGCUGUGAAACUGUUGUCAUAGCAACCAGCGUUACAAAAAAAAAAUAACAGGUCGCAAACCCUGGUAACACUGCAUGCUUAAUGUUGUGUCUUCGGAGCCUGUUUCUAGGGCUAUAAAAGCGAUCCUGUGUUCUCAGAGGAAGUUGCACACAUUGUGCUCUAAAGGAAGUCCUCAGGUGAAGGAGUGGAGCUGGAAAGAACUGAAUGGUUUGGAGUUCAGUGACACUCAAGUUUUAGUCCAAUCUGAAGCCAUGGAUUAAACUAAAAGAAUCAAGCUGUCUCAUGCAACAAGAAUCCCUUUCAAUGCCACAUCUAUUUUCUUGCUCCCUUUUCUUUAUCUGCCCCUUCUCCUCGUCCCCACCCAAGCCUGGUUAUGCCACAGAAAUAUGGAGCUACCCAAAGAAGCUAUGCCACAAUCGGGAGGAGGGAAGAAAAGAGCCAUUAAAGGAACGCCAGCUGUCAUAGCAGUUAUUUGCAGCAGAGGAACCUUGCCUUAUCAGAAAGGUUGAAGUCUUGGGGUGGCAGGCUUCCUAACUCCAGCUACUGCUGGAGUCAACUCCAGCGUGUGGACUCUGAAAUAUGAAAUUCUGUGGCUAUACUGUACUGUAUGAAAUUAAAGAAACUUUUUUGCAUGGACACAGAUUAUGCUGAACACUUAAAUUAUUUUCUUGGGGCUGCAACUUGCAAAAAAAAAAAGAAUAAAUCAGCCAUUUUCAACAAUUUAUAUUAUUUUUAAAAAUAAAUUUCACUAGUGCAUGGUUUUAAAAGG